AGCGGCCCUUAAAAUCCCCAACAAGAAUAAUAACAAGAACUGUCCCUUAACAACCCUAACACUUAACAACAACUGCUUGUAUUAUCCAGUUAUGUUUUGUUAUGGUUACUGUAGUGAAUAGUGGGAUUAUAUUAGAGAAUCCUGGAUUGUCUCCAUAAGUGCACCAGAUUCAUCAUGGGAAGCCAAGAGGCAGGAUGUUCUACAUUGGAAGGGGCAUCCUCUGAAACAAUGGGCAAGAAUGAUGCUAUGAGCUUGCAGUCUAUUAAUAAUGAACAGUCCACAAAAAUGGAGAUGAGCUUCACACCAUCUGAUAACAUUCUUCGUAACUUAUUAAGUGGAGGAGACAACAAAAUGAGUGCAGACAACAGCAGAAGUUCUGUGGCUCAAGACCUGCAAGACCAGGAUGAUGAGCUAAGAGCUCUGGGGAUCUCAGUUGUAGAUCAGCUGUCAUUGGAACGUGAUGUUGAAGCUGCAGUUGAUAAAGCUGUCACCAAACACACUCGCAAACAGAGGCUGCAGAUUCUUAAAAAGGAAAUCAAGGACAUUAAUCUUACCAUCAGACAGGGUGACAAUAGGUUGCUUGAGCUAAAUAAUAGGCUUGCAGGUAUGCGGCAACGUGUUGUAGAUCCCCGGAACAUCAUUACUGUUGAAAAGGAAGCGGAUGAUAAAGCUCAGCAACUGAAAGCCCUCAGACAACGAGAAAUAUUCCUUCACCAGAAACUUGCAUCAGCUGAAGUGAAUGAGGAAGAGCUUGAUGAUUAUGUUCUGGAAGAUGGGGAAAUUAUAGAUAAUGACUGUGAAGACAUUGGAGGGACUCGUAGUUUAUCAAACUUUACUGGAAAUGAAAGAGAGAGACUUGUUCGUGAAGGUCAGAUGACGCCAUUUGGAACAGUGAUGACCUCUAAGACAAGCAGAACAGUAUCAGUCCAACCAAGUCAUAUACUAAUGAAGAACAAAGCAAGGGCAACUCUGCAAGCUGAGUCAAAAAAAGGGCCAACCAAAGCAGAAAUGAUUAGUGCUGGAGAAAUGACUCCAUUUGGGACAGUUCUCAACAUGUCCAUAAGCAGUGCUAAAACAGCAAUAAGAUCAUCAGACAAGAUACAAGGAGGUUUAAGUGACUUCGAGAAAUACCUACAAGAUCAGUUUGAUAGACAGAAGCAACACAAUGAAGCCAACAAAGGUACUAAGCCCAAAAAAUCUUCAGGACACUCAUUAUAUGGUGUACCAAAGAAAAGGAAAGGUAAAAUCAAAGAAUAUAUUGGAAACUUUGACUGUGGGGAAGCACAUGACAGUGCUGAUGACAGCACUUCACUCUCAUCAGUAAAAAAAAGUGCUAAGGCAGGAUUUGAAGCAAAGGUCAACAAAACUCAAAAAUCUGAAAAACAAACAAAAAAGCCAACUAGAAAAGAUCCAAUUAAAAUGCAUGUCUUACAUCCAAAGAAGAAAAAAAUAGAGAAAGUGUUAGGGAGCAUAACUAGUCAUUUGGAAGCAGACCAGUGUAAGAGAACUCCUCGUAAAAUAUUGUCUGAAAGGAUCAGUUUUGAAGGAAGUGGGUCAGAAGACCUUGAUGGAAGUGGAUCUGAGUAUGUUCCCUCUGACCCAGACUAUUUUGAAGAGAGUGACUUCCAUGAUGAUUCUAACCUUGAAAAUGCUAAUAUUGAAAAGAGAGAGGAUUGUAUGGAGAAACUGGAUAAAGGACCAAGAAGACGUAGAAAGAAAAAACUAAAAUCUGAAGAUGAUUGGCAAGAGGAUGACAUUCCAAAAAGCAAAGGACGAAAAUUCUGUAAAUCAAGAGACGAUGGAAAUUUAGAUGAUUAUGUAAGAAGAAUAGAAAAUUGGAAAGAAGAGAGACUGAAAAGGAAACAAGAAAAAAUCAUACAAGGAGAAGACUUAGAUUCUGAGGAGGAGGAGGAAGAAGGCUAUGAAGAAUUUGACAAGGGCUACAAAAUUCCACUGGUUAUCUGGAAUAAACUCUACAAAUACCAGCGAACUUGUGUAAGAUGGCUUUGGGAACUUCAUCUGCAGAACUGUGGAGGGAUUCUAGGUGAUGAAAUGGGGCUUGGAAAAACUAUCCAGAUAAUUUCUUUUUUUGUGGGUUUAUCAUAUUCCCGGUUAACCAGCCGUCAACAGCCAUGGAAAGGUUUGGGUCCGGUGUUGAUAGUAUGCCCAGCUACAGUCCUCCACCAAUGGGUGAAAGAGUUCCAUAAGUGGUGGCCACCAUUCAGAGUUGCUAUACUGCAUGAAUCUGGAACUUUCACUGGGACAAGACCUGCUCUUAUUAAUAAUAUUAAUAGGUAUGGGGGCAUCCUUAUAACAUCAUAUACUGGUGUUCGUGAUCAGUUAGAGACAUUGUUACAGUAUGAGUGGCACUACAUCGUUCUUGAUGAAGGACACAAGAUUCGUAACCCAGAAGCACAAAUUACUGUUGCUCUGAAAAGAUUUCAGACUCCUCACAGGCUGAUCCUUUCAGGCUCACCAAUUCAAAACAGUUUGAAGGAGCUGUGGUCACUCUUUGACUUUGCAUUUCCUGGUAAGCUGGGAACAUUGCCAAUAUUCAUGGAGCAGUUUGCUGUACCCAUCACCCAGGGAGGAUAUGCUAAUGCUUCCAAACUGGAGGUGCAGACAGCAUUCAAGUGUGCCUCUGUUCUGCGUGAUACCAUCAACCCCUAUUUGCUUCGUAGAAUGAAAAAUGAUGUCAGAAACCAUCUCAGCUUACCAGAUAAAAAUGAACAGGUGCUCUUCUGUGGACUGAGUGAGGAGCAGAGGAAAGUAUACAGAGAGUACAUCGAAGGAGACCAAGUAAAGCGCAUAUUGGGUGGCCGAAUGAAGGUUUUCGUUGGUCUGAUUAACCUUCGUAAAAUUUGCAACCAUCCAGACCUUUAUACUGGAGGACCACGCACUUAUGAUGAUGAUUGGAAUUCUGGUCUUCAGCCAGAGUUGAAGUAUGGCUGGUGGUCCCGCUCUGGCAAGAUGCAUGUGUUGCACUCUAUCCUGCAUUUGUGGCAACGUCAAGGUCAUCGUGUCCUACUCUUUACACAGUCUCGACAGAUGAUGUGCAUCCUCGAAAAAUUCCUUCUUGAUGAACAGUAUUCUUACUUGAAGAUGGAUGGAACUACAACUGUUUCCUCUCGUCAACCUUUGAUUGAAAAGUUCAACAAUGACCCAUCACUCUUCGUAUUUCUCUUGACAACACGUGUGGGUGGCCUUGGAAUUAAUCUGACGGGUGCAGAUCGUGUUGUUAUAUUUGACCCAGACUGGAACCCAUCAACAGACUCUCAAGCUAGGGAGCGUGCUUGGAGGAUUGGACAGUUACGGCAUGUUACCAUCUAUCGAUUACUGACAGCUGGUACAAUUGAAGAGAAAAUUUAUCACCGGCAAAUUUUUAAACAGUUUCUGACAAACCGUGUUCUCAAGGACCCAAAGCAGCAGCGCUUUUUCAAGACAAAUGAUCUUUACGAACUUUUCUCUUUAAACGAGGGUGAUAAGGAGAAAACAGAAUCUUCUGCCAUAUUUGCUGGCACUGGCUCGGAAAUCAAAGUGGAACCCAAGGAGAAGACUAAAGGUGAUGCAAAAACCCAGUUGUCUAGAAGCAGUAGUAGCAGUAAACUGGCAGGACAACAUAAAGGGGAAGCCAUAACUGGGAGAGAACUCUCAAGAAAACCUCAUGGCAAAACUCAGGUAGAGAAUCAAAGCAAGAAAAUUAAAUUGGAUGAAAGAUCAAGUGGAAAGAACAAAGAGCAGGAAAGUGCUUCUAGAAACAUUAAUAAGAGAGAACAAAUGAGAGAACUUGCUAGAAGUCUAAGUAAAAAAAUCAGGGAUAAAUGUUCACCCAAAGAGAAAAGUGAAAAAGAAGUAGAGGAAAAUGCAAAAGCUGAAGAUAUUAAUGGAAGUUUACUGAAAGAUACAAAUGGGUAUAGUGUUGAUGAAACAAGAGAGACUGUUACAGAAGUGAAUAAGGAAGACUCAAGAGAGAUAGUUAUGCAAGAUAUGCAGGAGCCCAUAACUGAAGAAUUAGUACCAAUAAUAGAAAAUCUAUCUCAGGUUAGUGAGGUUAAGGAUAAUGAAGACUUGAAUAAUACAUCUAUGAAAUUUGAUAUGGACAUGACCAAAAAUACAUCUUCAGAAAAUAAUAAAAUACACAAAAUAAUUGAGAAUGGCAUUAAAAGCAGUGGCAGCUUUUCAGAAGUGCCUGAGAAGCAUAGAAAUAAGCACAAAAAGAAAGACAAACAUAGAGAAAAAGAAAAAUUGAAAAAGAAAGGAAGAAAGUUUGAAGGAGAACGUGUAGAAUACCUGGUAAAGAAAAGGACCUACCAUAAAACUGAGGAAGAAGAGGAGGCAGAAAAGCUAAGUGCAAUGUCCCAGGAUCAAUAUGUUUUAGAAAAAUUAUUCCGGAAAUCAGGAGUUCACACAGCACUAAGUCAUGAUGCCAUCUUAAGCAACAGUGACCCUGACUACUUACUUAUAGAGGGGGAGGCAGAGCGAGUUGCCAAGGAAGCAGUGAAGGCUGUGAGGGCUUCUCGGGCACAAUGUUUCAAACCUCGACUUUCUGAUGGCACUUCAAAAUCACUUAAGAGUAAACCUAAAUUUGGGAUUAAGAAAAGUAGAAUAUUUUCUAAUACUACAGACAAAGAUACGGAAGAAAUGCAAGACAGUAAAAGGAAUAAGAAAAAGCGAAUGUUCAACGGAGGUAUAGAUGAUGAUGAUGAUGGUCCAUCGGAUGCACACAGUAGUAAAGAACUCACCACUUCCUUUGGUAAACGUAAAUAUAAUACCGAGGGAUCAAGUGGCUUGCUAAAUUCUUCACAGCUGCUGUCUCGUAUGCAUGAGAGAAAUAAAGGCAUUUCUAUGGACUGUGAUGAAGACAGUGAUUAUGAUCCUGAUUACCCUUCAACAGCUACAGUCACUACUGAAAGCAUGGAACCAGAGAUACAAAACAACAUUGACCUUUUAACCGACAUACGUAAUUUUGUAGCAUUCCAAGCUGAAGUUGAUGGUAAAGCCUCAACUCAAGAACUUGUUGGCAGAUUUCAAGAUCGUUUACCUCCUGAACAGACCUCAUUCUUCAAGGCUCUCUUAACACAAAUUUGUGAUUUCCACAGGGAAGUGACUGGAAAAGGAAUGUGGUCUCUUAAAGGAGAAUUUAGAUAGCACAGUUAUGUUUUUCUAUUCAAAAAUAUUAAAUUUAGUUGCAAAAUUUUUAUUUUAUACAUAAAUAUAAACCUGUAUAUAUUCAUAUCAUUAACUAUUGGUACUUUUUCCUGUCAUUGACCUGGUACAGAAGUAGAAAAAAAAUUAAUAUACGUAUUAUCUUCAUGAUGUUAAUUUAUAAAAUAAAUGCAUGAAACUUUCAGUGUUGAUAUUAAUUUAACCCUCGAAACUGUGCGUAAUGUAAAUUUAUGAAGGUAGCUAAACUGUGUCCCUAGUUUUUGAUAAAUGUACUACUGGUAUAUGCAAGGAGGCACUACUUGCACAACCUAAUAAAAAAAAAGGCACAAUACCAUGACUGGAACGAUACAUAAAUAACCCAGUGUGACUUUGUAAAUGGUCCAAAUUGGACCGAAACAUCGUCCUAAGCUCCUCUCGUCUAUGUGUGGGUUAUUUGUGUAUUGUACAACCUAAUAUUUAAGCAUUCAGUAACUCCCAUUGGCUCUGUCACAUUACAACAGGUGACAUCACCCACCCAAGUCUAUCUUCACCUCAAGCCUUUUCACUUUACAGGUAUGUAUAUGCUCUGUUUACUGGUCUAUGAGAAUUGAUAAGUCCUUGGUGGACAAAAUAUCAUCUCAAGAAAAUGAUAUAAACCACAUAUUGUGUCUUACAUACUUGUAAGUAUAUUCUAUCAUUGAUUUACAUAAAAACAGAUUGUAGACUGUAUGAAAUAUCUCUUGCAUAGUUCAUUUUCGCGAUAAAAGCCACCUUACACACACUAAUCAUGAAAAAUAUGUAUUGUAAAUUAAAAAAAAAAAAAAAAAAAAAA